CCAGCGGCGGCGGUUCGGCUCGGCCCGGCCCCGCCCGCCGGGUCCCGCCUGCCCCCAAGCCCUUCGUUGCCUCAUGGUCCGUGGCGCUCCUCCACCGCGGGAGCAGCGGCCGGCCGCCCCACAGGGGCCCAGGGGGCGGCCCUCGGGGCGGGCUGGGCGGCUGCCAGCGGUGUCGCCCCGCCCUGCCCCCCGCUCCCCCGUCUUUCCGCUAAAAUGGCCGCUGCCGCCGCGGCUGUUAAGAUUGGAAUUGUUGGUGGAACUGGUCUGGAUGAUCCAGAUAUUUUAGAAGGAAGAACAGAAAAGUAUGUUGACACUCCUUAUGGCAAGCCGUCAGAUGCUUUGAUAUUGGGAAAGAUAAAAAAUGUGGACUGUGUGCUCUUGGCAAGACAUGGAAGGCAUCAUACAAUUAUGCCAUCAAAUGUCAAUUACCGUGCCAAUAUCUGGGCACUAAAACAAGAGAAUUGUACACAUGUUUUAGUAACUACUGCCUGUGGCUCAUUACGAGAAGAAAUACAACCUGGAGAUCUUGUCAUGAUUGACCAAUUCAUUGACAGGACUACUAAAAGACAUAAUACGUUAUACGAUGGGCAGUGUUCCUCUCUUUCAGGAGUAUGCCAUAUUCCAAUGGCGGAGCCAUUCUGCACCAAAACAAGAGGGGUUCUUAUUGAGACUGCCAAGAAGCUUGGGCUCCCGUGUCAUUCCAGAGGAACAGUGAUUACAAUUGAAGGCCCACGUUUCAGUUCUCGAGCAGAAAGCUUGAUGUUUCGCAGCUGGGGAGCUGAUGUCAUCAACAUGACCACAGUUCCUGAGGUGAUUCUUGCGAAAGAAGCUGGACUGAGUUAUGCAAGUAUUGCUAUGGCAACAGAUUACGACUGCUGGAAAGAGCAUGAAGAAGCAGUUUCAGUGGAUAAGGUUUUAAAGACGUUGAAAGAGAAUGCAAAUAAAGCUACUAGCAUACUCCUUACUGCUAUACCUCAGAUAGCUUCCAUGGAGUGGACAGACACCCUGCACACCCUGAAAACAACUGUGCAAUGUUCAGUCAUCCUGCCAAAGCACUAACAGCCUGCAUGGACUCUGAAAGAAAUGUACUCAGAAAGAAGAGUGGACCACUUUUGAACUUCUAGAGGUUAUAAUAUCUUCGAGAAAUGUUACAAGCAUGAAGGAAUGCUUUCUGUGACUGAUAAUGAUAAUAAGCAUAGUAAACCAUGACUGAUAAUAAUGUAAAGGACAUUUUUUUGUAAGACAGUCUUUGUCAUGCCUAAUAAUGAAUAAGAUGGCUAAAGUUAGAUUUUUGAAUACAUUUUUUGAACUUGGAGUGUCUUUACUGCAUAACUGGAUCAGACGGUGAUCAAUAACAGGUUGAAAUCUUGUUACUAGAUGAUUCAUCAAGCUAUCAUGUAUUAUCAAGGAUGUCUUUUAAUUGAUGGAUGAAAGGAGAGACUAGGUAAUGCUGUAUUACAGUUUCAUAAAGUAUGAAGAAAGGAAAUCCACAGGUACUUAGCUACUUGCUAUUUCUGCCUCUCUUCUUUUCCUUCCAGAAGGAAGGUGGCUACCAUUCACUUUAGAACAUACUGUAAGAAUGCAUAGAUAAUUCAGAAAUAAAAUUGUAAUAUUUUUAUACAUUAUCUGUUUUUUUAUUUCAAUUAUUUUUUCAUUUUAAUAAGCAGUGUUUUUUAGUUUUGUGCAAACAAAAUUUGGUUUAAUAAUUGCAGCAGUUCUUUGAUGGAUGAAUGUUCUCUUUAAAAAUUUUUAGCUGAUGGCUGAGGCAAAUUUGUGCCUGAAGAUCUGUGUAUGUGACUGAAGGUAGUGCCAGUCCUUGAACACUGUGCUGGCCUUUUUCUGUUACAUCGUUCUGAACAAUUCUGGUUUUGGUUUCUGUUUUAAGUGAUGAAUGUACCUGAUCACUUUGAUUGUAUGCAUUUUACUCAUUAAUACCAUUUGCCUUCAAUAAAAUAACCUGCUGCUUCUUGUCUAGAAAAUAAAACAAAUGAAACCUAUGCUUCUCCAAA